UUUAUUCGAAAUAUUUUUACAGAGAAAAGCGGAUUUCUUCGUACCAUUUUAAUUAUCAUCAUCAGCACUUUGUGUGGAAUGAUAUCAUGGAUGAUUGAUAAAAAUGAUAUAAAAUCAUCAUAUUUAUUCGAAACACCUGAAAAACAAGGAAAAGUGCCACGACUAUGGCGAAUUUCUAUUAAUGAUUGGAAUCCAGGUCGUAAUCUUGGAACUCUUGAACGCAUUUGGGAACGUUUUGGAUAUGAAUAUGUAAAUGGAUCAAAUGGUGAUGAUUGGGAUAUUUGUUGGAGUCAUGAACUUCCUUAUGGUCCUGGCGUAAUGAUGAAAUCUUCACAAUAUGAUGACAUUUUAAAAACUCCUUUAAAGCCACAUCAACGUGUCAAUCAUUUCCCAGGAAUUAAUUAUCUCACAUCAAAAAGUUUCCUUAGCAGCAGCAACCGUGAUCUUAAAUAUAUUUUGCCAGGUUUCUUCUUUCCACAAAACAUUGACGCCUUUAAAAAAUAUGUCAAAGAAAAUCCUGAUGUAAGAUUUGUUGAAAAAAAGAAAACAAAUCGAGGAAUUAAAUUGGUUGAAAUUGAAGACAUUAAUUUUGAUCAAAGUGAUAAAUAUUACCAAAAGUUUAUGGAGAGACCUUAUUUGGUAGAAGAUCGUGCUAUGGAUAUGGGAAUUUACGUAUUAAUUGCUUCAAUAAAUCCUUUGAGAAUUUAUCGUUUUACCGGAGAUAUUUGGUUGAGAUUCUGUCGUGAUCCUUAUUAUCCAUUUAAUGCUAGUAAUGUAUAUUCAUACGCAAUUUCUGACACGCGUAAACUUUUUUAUGAUAUUCCUGAACUUAAUUCUUAUUAUGAUCAUUUUGGAUUCUCAUUCCUUCUCACAUUGAUGAAUUAUUUAGAAAAAAGAGGUGUCAAUAUAACUGACAUGUGGCGUAAAAUUGAUGAUGCGAUUGUACAAUCAAUUAUGAGAAGUGAACCAGGAAUGAUAAAAGAGACCUACAAAAUCUUCAACUCAUCACAUCAUUUCUUUGACUUGGUUCGUUAUGAUAUUUUAAUAAAUGAGACUAUUGAUCCACAUAUUGCUGAAGUGAACAUGUCACCAUCUCUUUCAACACAUACACCAACCAUGAAUAAAAAUCAAGGCACAUGUGAACAACUUCUCUUGAAUACUUUAAGGUUACUUGGUGCUGGAAGUAGUUUAGAUUUACAAUCAGAAUAUGAUCCUUUCGCGUAUGAAAUGCUUGUUGGAAAGAAGAAUAUCGCUGUUGAUCCUAGAACUUGUGCUGACAAUGAAUGUCACAAGAACUGCAAUUUAAAGGUUUGUGAGCUCUGCACAUCAUGUUUAAGUCACGGUGAUUAUGAUGAAAUGCGUCGAGCUUAUCUUGAACAUACAAGAAAAGGUGAUUUUAAAAGAAUUUUCCCUUCGGACGUUUACUACAAUGACGAAUAUUUAAAUAAAAUGACACCACGUAAUCAAAUAUCAUUGAAAUGGUUUCAUCAAAAAUGUAAAUCUUAUCCAGAAUGGUGUUAAAUAAUUUGAUGAAUUUGGGUUUUGUAUCUCCAAAAAUGUACUGUCAGGCAGAAAUAAAAAUUACAUUCAACUUUUAUACGUAAAAAAAA